GUGAGCGGAGGGUGGGUGCCCACUGAGAAUGCCCGGUACGCUCUGCGGCCGACCAGGGGAAAGGGCAGUUUGACUUGGUUGGAACUAAGACUCGUGGUGUGGCGAUGAGUGGCAUCUUCCUGUGCUAGAAGCUGAAUAAACAAGCUCCUCGACUGUCACGGAGCGCUCUGGACCGCAUAAGCAGGGGUCCGAGCCACUCCAAGAGUACCAGGUACCUGCGUGGAAGGCAUUUUUCCACUAAUUGGAGAGAGGCAGAGCCCCGGGCACCAAGAGCACCGGUGGAAGCAGCCGUCCCAGGUGCCUCGACGGUCAGAGAGGGUUCAGCACCACGAGACUGCCAGCAUCCGAGAGAAUCGGCAGCAUCCUGACGCAGAGCCGCCGGCUAUGGUGUGGUGAGAACUGACACCCAACACACCCUUGAGAUCUGGGGUCAGAUCUAGAGGCGUCACGAAAGGUGCUGAGUUCUUGCCACUGGGUGAGCGGGGGUUAUUAGUCCAGAAGACUUUGAGACUGUCUUGAAGCGACCCAGCCUGGGACCCGUUCACUGGUGGGUUUUGGGUUUAGAAGCUCAUCCGGGCUAUUUUCAGUCCUAAAGCAGUGCAUAUCUACAUUCCUAGCAGAUCGACACCCACAGAGCCAGAGUAGGUAAACAGCUGGGACGAUGGCACUGGCCCUGUUAAAAGACUGGUGCAGGAUCAUGAGUGUGGAUGAGCAGAAGUCACUGAUGGUGACGGGCAUACCGGUGGACUGUAAUGAGGCCGAGAUCCAGGAGGUCCUUCAGGAGACUUUAAAGUCUCUAGGCAGGUACAGAUUGCUUGGCAAGAUAUUCCGGAAGCAGGAGAAUGCCAGUGCGGUCUUGUUAGAGCUUCUGGAGGAAACCGAUGUCUCGUUGAUCCCCAGUGAGGUCCAGGGAAAGGGGGGUGUCUGGAAGGUGAUCUUUAAGACCCCUAACCAAGACACUGAGUUUCUCGAAAGGCUGAACCUCUUUCUAGAAAAAGAGGGGCAGACAAUGUCAGGUAUGUUCCAAGCCCUUGGACACGAGGGCGUGUCUCCAGCCACGGUGCCCAGCAUAUCGCCAGAGUUACUGGCCCACCUGUUGGGACAGGCGAUGGCACACUCCCCUCAGCCCCUGCUGCCCAUGAGGUACCGGAAGCUGCGUGUGUUUUCAGGGAAUGCUGUGCCAGCCCCCGAGGAAGAGCCCUUUGAGGUCUGGCUGGAGCAGGCUAUGGAGAUAACCAAAGAGUGGCCGGUGUCAGAGGCAGAAAAGAAGAGGUGGCUGACGGAAAGUGUACGGGGCCCUGCCCUGAACCUCAUGCACAUAGUGCAGGCAGACAACCCAUCUAUCAGCCUGGAAGAGUGUCUGGAGGCAUUUAAGCAGGUGUUCGGGAGCGUGGAGAGCCGCAGGACCUCCCAGGUGAGGUACCUGAAGACCUACCGAGAGGAGGGGGAGAGCGUCUCGGCCUACGUGCUCCGGCUGGAACCCCUGCUCCGGAAAGCCGUGGAGAAACACGCCUUCCCCAGAAGCAUCGCGGACCAGGUCCGCCUGGAGCAGGUCCUGGCGGGGGCCAACCUCGACAACGCCCUGUGGUGCCGGCUCAGAGAGCUGAAGGAGGAGGGUCCGCUCCCCAGCUUCCUUGAGUUAAUGAAGAUCAUACGGGAGGAGGAGGAGGAAGAGGCCUCCUUUGAGAAUGUCCGCCGCCGUGACGAGCCGGGGGCAGGCGGGGGCUGUGUCCGCUGGGAUCGCGAGGGAGAGGACUAAAACCCACUGGGGGCAGGACCCACAGCGGAGGGCCCAGGGACGUGCGCUGUGCUAGGCUAAGAACUUCCAGUCAUUUUUUUCUUCAGUGUGCAGGACGGAAAUCGAGACGUGCAAGCCAAUUCUUGGUUUUUCUUUCUAAGGAAAAAAAAAAUGUGUGGGGGUUUCUUAGGCCCUGUGUCGAUUAUUAAUAAAUGAAAGAUUAAAUUCCAGAUAUUAGAUCUCUUAAAAGAACCUGAACACCCGUACUUCUGGUUUCCUUUAAAGACGCCCAAGUACACCAGAGUCGACCCAUACCACAGAAGAAAGAAUUGACAUUCAAGAAAAAUACCUCUUGCAAUGUGUUUGAAAAAACGAAGCUGUUGGACCCAUCAGAUGUUUUUCUUUUUCAAAUCAGCAGAUUCGCCCCAGGUACCUAGCACCGUGAAAGACGACAGCUAUAAAGCUGAAACCUACAGUAAAGCAGUUAGAAACCUACACAAUGGGCCCUGCCCUCAGGGAGGCUCCAGUCUAGUUGAGGAGAUGGCCUAGGCAGGUAAAAGACUGACUAACCCCUUGUGCACACAAGUCCGUCACCCCAACAGAAAUGUCAUCACCCAGCGAGUAGGACCAUCUCCACCUGGCGUUUUCUUUCUUCACUUACCUGGGAAGUGCUUCUCCCACCCGCUUGCUAAGUGUUGGAUGGAUGGUUCCAGAACUAGGUGCUGUGGCAGGCCCUGAAGGCACAGGCGACUCAGCCUAAUCCCUUUCAAGAGGUCCACGGCCUGGAGAGACAUCCCCAGAGAAAGGGUGGGCCUGAGGAGACAGCACACAUGGGAGCCAGAGGUGUGUAGAGCAGGUUUGGGUUAAGUGCACAGACCAGUCUGCGCACAGAGGAAAGUUUUUAGUGGUGACAGAGGGCAAAGAAGAGAAAAAAUGAACUCACAUUUCUUGAGGGACUGUUGUGUGCAAUAAUCCCAGCACUUUGAGAGGCUAAGGUGGGAAUUCGAGACCAACCUGGGCAAUAUAGCAAGACCCCAUC